AAGUCAAAGGUGCCUCAAGUGUUAAUGCCAUUAUAGAGAACAAAGCACUCAGCGUACUUGAAGCACUCGGCAGGCAACGAGAAAACUUUGAUACGUUAGUCCAAAAACAUGUGUUCGGUCCAAUUGAGAGGGCAAGGUGCAGGCGGCAAUCCGAUGAUGUCAAUGUGAAUAAUCCCUUGUCUACAGCCAAAGAG